AUGGCUGCUUCAUCUUCAGCUUCGGCUUCAGGUGCCCAUCGCCAAAGCGAGAUGCAUUCGUCGCAGCAGCAGCAGCCGCACCCACUGCAGAAGCGGAAGGCCGGUCGCAAGAAGUUCCACGAGACGCGCCACCCGGUGUACAAGGGAGUGAGGCAGAGGAACGGCAAGUGGGUAUGUGAGAUCCGGCAGCCCAACAGCGCCAGGACCCGCCUCUGGAUUGGCACCUUCACCAGCCCCGAGAUGGCGGCCAGGGCUUAUGAUGUGGCGGCCGUGGCCCUGAGAGGGGAGUCCGCCUCGCUGAACUUCCCCGAGCUGAAUGCGCAUGACGAAGGAGCAGGCUCUUUUUUUACAUCAUCACCAUCGUCAUCGCCUUCUUCUUCUUCGUCUGUGGCGAGGUUGGGAUCGGAGGAGAAGAAUGUCAGAGAGAGUAAUGGGUUGGUCUUGAGGACGGCGUCGUUUGUGGAUGAGGAAGAGUUGUUCAACAUGCCUGGAUUGUUAGACAGCAUGGCUGAAGGGUUGAUGCUCACUCCACCUGCGACGGUGAGUGGCUUCGAUUGGGAUGACGUGGACGUCGUCGACCUCACUCUUUGGGAGUGA